AUGACGAAUAAUACAUUUCUAAAUAUUCCCUCCAUUUCAUUUUGGAAAGGACACGUCGAAAGUACCAUCUCGAUUCAACGCUCCGCUCAACAAGUAUUCGAACAUCUCAUUGAAAAGAAGAACUAUCCGAUCGGAAUGGUCCAUGGAUGGGGAGAUGCCCCCUUGUCUUGUGGUGAGUUAACCACUCUGUACCAUUCCACUCGCGAUUUUUCAUCUCAAUUUUUGAAAACUAUGAAAUUUCCAGUAAACAUUUUAGGAGAUGUCAUGAAUGCAAAAUUAUGGCAUUGGAACACGGAUCAUUCCUCUCAAGAAUAUAGUUUUGGAUGGAAGGGAGAAAUGAGAGUGUGCUUUGGAUGGAUUUUGUUAUUUAGUGGAGAACAUUCUUUUACUGUGAAAUCUCUUCAUACCAAAGAUGAGAAUUCUGAUGAAAAUGUUUGUGAAAAUUCAGAGAGACCAUGUUGUACGUUGAGACAUGAAGAGACAUUUGGAGGUCUUUUGGGAUGGUUGUUUAUGACCUAUUUGAAAAUGAGUAAUUUUGCCAAUCAUUUUAGUGAGUUCAAUAAGAUUGUUAAAAAUCGAUUGGAAGAAAGUCAGCCAACAAUGAAUUGA